CAGGGACGGAGCGAAGCAGGCAAAGGAGGAAGGAAGACUCGAGCAAGGGACAGAGGGGGAUAACACGAACACCGAUAAGCCACGAACAUAACAAGAGCAACGCAACAACAGUAGCAGCACAAACGUGAAGGGGGGAAAGAACCGAGUGACGGUAAAGAUCUGGGGAGGCAGUGUAACACCCCGAUUUUUGAAACAGUUUAUUAUUUAUUUUAUUAACUAUAUUAUAUAUUUUAGUUUAUUUAAUAAUUAAAUUCAUUUACCUUUAGAAAUUAUUUUGUAAAUAAUAUAUAUGCUUAUAAUGGGACAAGUUUAGUAAGUAAUUUAACUAAUAAUAGUAAUAAGAGGAAAUUUAUUCACAUAUAUGUAAGAAGGGGGAAAAGGAAAAAAUAAAACAAGAAAAGAAAAAAAAAAGAAAAAGAAAAAAAAAACAAACACAAAAGAAGAACGACAUUCAAAACGGUGUUCACCACCGUUCACCAUAUUCACCCUCUUCACCAUUUUCUUCUCUCAAAAUUCUUCCUUCAUCACACAAUCACCAUCGUUGCCGACGACACAACCACACCGCCACUAGAGGUGACACCAUAGAAGUAGGCGGCGCAAGGAAGAAAAGGGGGUCGUUGUUGCUGUAAUUUGGAGCAUUUGGUGCUCGAAUUAGGGGCGUUUGCAAGUUAUUUCUCAUCCCCAAUCAUCUAUAUUAGUGGUGCUUACAAGAUGCACAAGCGCGAAAGAAGUAAAUCAUCAGAGAUGUGCGCUUUGAUGGAGCAGAUGGUAGAGUCUAAUAAGGCCAUGACUGAGGCUGUGCAAUUGCUAGCGGAAGCACGAGCUGCUACUACUAGCACUAGCAAAGUAGCUAUCACUGAAGUUGCUGCUGUGCAUAAAGCAAUUGACGGGAAGAAGCCGCCUAAGUAUGAUGGAAAAGGCGACCCCGUGAAGAUGGAGAAUUGGAUUAGAGAGUUUGACAAGAUCUUCGUCACUCUCCAGGUCCCUGAAGAGAUGAGAGUAGACUCCGCAGCCUACCAUCUCACUGAAGAUGCUGAUAUCUGGUGGACCAACAACAAAGAUAAUUUUACCACCAAAGUCACAUACGAUGAGGAUGGUUUUGAGGAGGUGGAGACAAAGGAAUUUGGUUGGAAAGAGUUCAAGAAGGCGCUACGCGCUGAGUUCUUCCCACCUCAUAUGAGGAAAAGGAAGAGAUCUGAGUUUGAACAGCUGGAGCAAGGAGAUAUGUCUGUCCAAGACUUUUAUACUAAAUACCUUGAGUUGUCUCGUUUCGUGCCUGAAUUGGUCCCAAAUGAACAAGAAAGAGCUCAGAGGUUCGAGGAAAAACUUGAUCUUGAACUUCUUAGCAAUAUGGGAGCGGCCGACUUCACGACCUUGAACGAAGUUUAUACUCGUGCUAGCAAUGCCGAGAGAAUCAAGGAGAGAAGGAAAGCCGCAGAAAAGAUGAAAGCUCCUACAAAAGAAAGUACCCAACAAUGGGAUAAGGGUAAUAACUUUAGUCAAAACAAGAGCAGAAACUUUGAUAAUCGGGGUCUAGGGGUAACUUCAAUAGAGGAGGUCAGAGUCAACAAGCCUCAAGGAGUGCUCAGAGUUCGUUUCAGCCCCGUAGCCAAGCCCAGAGCCAAUCUCAAUCUCAAAACAACCCAGGACCUGUUCGUCGUUAUUUCUGCAAAAGAUGUGAAAACAAUCAUCCAGGGAGGGAUUGUGAAGGCAAUAAGGUGACGUGUAAUUAUUGCAAGAAGGAGGGGCAUAGAGCUUAUGAGUGUUUCACUAACCCUGAUGCUAAGAUUGGCCGCAAUUAUGAGGUGUUGAGGACACCCACUGCUAGUACAGCUAGUAAUCGCCCAACUACUUCUGCAGCUACAAAUCGUAGCGCAGGAACGGCUAAUGCUGCUCAGGCUAAGAGAAGUCUUGAGAAAAAGAACACGGGCAACCUUAAUCAUCUUAAGCAAGCAGAUGCAGAUAACCAGGGGAAUGCAGUGACCGGUACUUUCUCUAUCUAUUUUACACCUGCCUACGUUCUAUUUGAUUCAGGUGCAUCACAUUCAUUUAUAUCUGAAACUUUUGCAAAAAGGUUAAACUUAGAAAGUGUCACACCUUGUGAGGCCGAUAUUUCUGUUCCUUCUGGUCUAAGUGUCACGUGUAAUAGGAUGUAUUUAGAUGUCCCAAUAGCUUAUGGUGAAACUACCUUAUUCGCUGACCUAAUAGUUUUUCCUUUGAAAGAUUUUGAUAUAAUUAGGGAUGGACUGGCUAGAAAAGUAUAAAGCCAAGAUAGACUGUCCGAAACAAAAAGUAACAAUAGAGAGUCAUAAGGGUGUUCAUGUGCUUUAUAGUCGCGUCCAGUGAAGAUUAUUUCUGCUCUUACAUUGAAGUCUUAUUUAAGGAAGGGAUGCCCUAUGUACCUUUGCCAUAUUCAUGAUACUAGUAAGGAAAGACCACAGCUCGGAGAUGUCCCAGUUGUGAAUGAGUAUCAAGAUGUGUUUC